AGACCAAUGGGGGAUGACAUCAAGUUCACUUGGGUGAUAAAAAAAUUCUCAUCUUUGGUAUCUAACAAAAGUUAUUCUGAUAAAGUCGUCAUUGGUGGCUGCAAAUGGAGUCUCAUGGCCUACCCCGGUGGAAAUAGUAAGGCUAGUACACUGUGUCUGUCUAUUUGGGUUAAUGAUGGUCCAAAUGUUUGUUCUGGGUGGAGUGAACACGCAAAACUUUCAUGUACUAUUGUUAAUAAAAAUCCAGAAAAGGUCUCUCAACUGGAAGAAACAUAUCGCGCGGAACACACAAAGUGGGGAUUUACAUCUAUAAUUCCCCUUAGCGAGCUGGAGGACGAAAAUGGUGGGUUUAUUGUUAAUGGAGAAGUCAAGAUUGUUGUUGAGAUAGAGAUCUUUGUGUUGGUAAAACAACCUCUGAAAAAGACAAAGCUGAAUGAUAAAGGUGAAUUGGUAGAUGUCAAUGGGUUUCAAGUUCUUCCUUCACAGGUAAAAUUUGCGAGACGUAUUUUUGAAAAACACUCUGACGUUGCACUAGUACUCCGUGCAAAGAACAAACAUCUGAGGACAGCAUGCAUGAAUGUCCUACUCUGCCUGAUCGAAACAUCAUGCCUGGCACCUGGGGAGCUUUCCAGUGAAGAUCUAGUGGAAGCAGAUAAUGCACUUGCAUACGUAAAAAAUGCGGGGUUUAAGGUGGACUGGUUGGAGAAGAAGCUCACGAAAGUGAAGGAAAAUAAGGGGAAGGUGCAUAUUGGUGAGAUUCGUAUGCGAGAGUUGGAGGAAGAACUGAAAAACCUUAAGCAAAAGAGCUUGGAGGUAGAAGCUCUGUUGGAGAAAGAAAAGGCAGAUGUGUUGGCCGCAAAAACUCAUCUAACAUUGGACGAGUUUGUCUAACUUGGGUCCUGCUUGUUGUGUUCUGCGUUUCAGUCUCUA